AUGAACUUGAAUUCUUCAUUCACCCCACGCGAGCUGCCUGAGCGACAGAAGAAACUCCAGCCGAUCCUUGGAAUCCCUGUACCAUAUCUCUUUGCAGCAACAUCUGUCGCUGCCGUCGCCUUGUUCAAUUGGCCACUCAGAUGGAUCCUCUCGGGUGCUGCCAUUUUGACAUUCGUCAUCCUCUCCGGCGCCGCUAAUGGUCACCGAAUUCUGCCCUUUUUCAACAUCUGGUCUCUAUUACUCUUGAUCAAUCUGUUCUAUGGAGUUGCUGCUACCUCCUGGCUCUUACAUGGCGCUUUUGUCGCAACAUGCUAUCCUGCGAUCUUCUUGACAUGCCUUUUCCAAUUUGAUCCCGUUGGAAGAUUCGUCAGAAGACGCAUCAGAAAUGUGCUCAAGCAGCUUCAGUUCAUUGAUGAUCAGAUCGCCUUUUUCGACAUACCAGCUCUGGAAAUCGAUGUCGACGUCAACGGUCUGAUGAACAUCCGUGGCAUGACCUUCCGGCUCUCUUCACUGAUGAUCAUUGCACAUGGCGUGGAAGUCGGCAUUAAAUUCUCCGACGAUAUGGAAGUCGCCAUUGCGGUGGACGAGGUCCGCAUCUCUCUUUUCAGAAGAAUCGACAUCUCCGACGUAUAUGCAAAUGUUAAGGGUGGUGAGCUUGAAAUGACACUUAGGCAGUUGGCAGAGAAUGGCAGAACACCUACCGACGAUUCGUUCAUGGUUUCUGAAACUCCUCUUCUUGCCACUGCGGCCAAGACUGGCGAUACACGUGCUCCCAUGGAGGCCAUGAAGGAAAGGAUGACAAAUGGUUCUGCCCCCCAGCCUACUUCUACCGGUGUCGGCCUGAAGGGAGUCAAACAGCUCUCGCCUGACGAUGAUCACGCAAGGGAGACCUACAAGUCGAUCCUCAACUACAUUCAAGAAACCAGCAUUAUUACCGUCAGCCAGCAGGAGGUCGAAAAGAAUGUGAAACAGAAACAAGUCGAUGACGAAAUUCUCGACAACAAGAAAGACCGUCGCUCUGCGAUUUGCUCACAACUGCACAGCAAGCCCACUGUCCCUCACUGUAGCACGCGGUCCAUUCGUGUCUCUACUCUGCAGCGGGAUAUGCCGAUGCGAAAGUUCCUCCACAGACUUCCUUUCCUCCUCAGAUGUCUUCUGAACCCAAUCGCGUACUUCCAUCCGGUCUACAUCAAGUCUAUCACUGCCGGAGGCUCAGGUGCCAUGAUCGAAACUAUGCUUCACCAACAAAUUUUCCAGGAUCACCCAGAGCAAGCUUCCGAUGUUAAGAAUCUCAAGAAGCGCAUUUCUGCCUGGCUAAAGGAUGCCAACUUUGUUUUUGAAGCCGAGAAGAUUACUGGCAUGGCUUCUGUACCCAUCAACCCAGUCUUCAACAUCGUUUCUGAUCUUCUGUUCGACGACAUCAUGAUCUACAGAACUGUCAAGGAAGAGGUUGACUACAAUCAAAUCGUUCGUCUUGGAGGAGCGGAUGCAAGGAUUAGUGUGCCGUCAUUCCUCUUGCCUCAUCACGAACAUAUCUUGCCUCCGGUCCCAACCUCGGAGGAUAAAGCUGCUCAGCAGGAAAAGAUUGACAACGCCGACAGUCAGCCGAAGACUAUCCAAGCCGAACAAGAAAUGGCCCAGCUGCGCAAGGAUGAAACUAACGUCAACAUCUCCGCCCAUGUGCGCCUACCUGCUUGUUUCGACCAAAAUCUGCUCGACUUUAUCGCAGCCUUGGUCAAGGCGACCAAGAUCGUCGAGAUGGACAGAGUUGAGAAGUCAUUGGACAAAGAGAUUCACGGCUUCAGAGAGUUUACAAAGGCAAUCAAGACUGAUCUCAAUGACAAGAUGAAGAAAGUCGCUAUGGAUGCUGCUGCCAACGAUAGAUGGAUUGCAAAGUUGGUCGGAAAGGUAACCAAGAAACUUGAGACGAUGCAGGGAGAUAUCGGUUACAGUGGUGACUUGCCGGUUCCUCUUGACAUCUACCGCAAGAAGGCGGAACCUGCCAGCAAGCUUAUGCCUUGA